GCUGGUCGGCAACAGCAUUAUUUUUUUCACAAUACACACACAAGUAAUACAACAUAUUUUUAUUAUCCUUUUUUCGAUAGAAAUUACUCUAUUCCAGAUCUCUGAACCGUUAUGGCAGCCGCCAACAAUAUGCGUAAUAUUGUUUCGAACGAAAUACUUGUGAAAGAAAACAAUGUCCAAUGGGAUGAUGUAAUAGGGAAUGCAGCAGCAAAAGAUGCAUUGCGAAAGACGAUUGUGCUACCGGUUGAGCAGGGGAGACAUUUUCCGGUCGAAAGUGUGCUGCUGUUUGGUGCUCCCGGCACUGGCAAGACACUACUAGUGAGAGCUCUUGCUUCGCAGUGUUCGGCGUUCUUUUUCCAGUUAUCUACAUCAAUGCUCACCAGUAAAUAUUCCGGCUACAAAAUACAUUUGCUCAAAACCCUCUUUGAUAUGGCAAAGGAGCAACCGUCAAUUGUUUUCCUGGACGAUAUCGAGAUGAUAUCGACUUGUGAACAUGAUAAUGAUGUUGUAAUUUCACAAAUCCAGUUAGAAAUAAUCCGUCAAAUGCACCAAAUAGCUAGGGAUUCCGCAGCCCACGUGGCAAUCAUAGCGGCAACGAAUCGCCCACGUGAAGUGGAUUCCGAUAUUCUUGAAUUGUUUACCGCUCGGAUUCAUAUUCAAUUUUUAAACAUUGAAGAACGAAUGGAACUGUUCAAAAAAUUACUUGAACAGCAUGGGUGCAACGUUUUAACCGAAAAUGAAGUUAAAGAAAUAGCUAAUCUAACGACAGAUUAUACUGGAUCAGACCUCGCAUUGGUGGUUCGAAUAGCCUCAAUAGAACCAAUAAGAGAUCUACUAAACACUGGCAACUGGGAGGAAAAUACCUCAAGGCUUCGCAGCAUUCAAACAAGAGAUUUCUAUGCAGCCUUGAACGAAACGAAACCUUCAGUCCCACCAGAUGAAAUAAAGAGUUUUUAUACAUUUUCUGAACAUUGUUGUGGCGAUGGAUGAAAUAAAUACUGUUAUAAAACUAGCCAAUC